AUAGACUCAGGUUUAGUAGCUGAAGACAUUUGACGCGGUGAAGACGCAAGUCUGCGAGUCGUGUUCCUCAGGUCGAGUCAACCUGGAAAGACGUUGCGAGUUUUUCUCGAGGUUCGGUUAACGGCUAUCAGUACAGUGAGUGAUAUUUUGCAUUUGGCCGUUUUCUUUGGUGCAAUUUAAAUAAUUGAAUUCGGUCGCAAGGAAAUUGAAGUGUGCGUUGCAUCUGAAUACUAUCUUCGAUCUGUGGAGAUUAUCUGAGAUACUAAACGUCCAACUAGAAAACAUGAUUUCCACUCGUUCUCGCGUUUGACUAAAAGAUGACUUGAAAUGGAUCAGCUGCAAUUGAAUUUGAAUUGAAGUGAAGACUACAUUUCGAGCAGCACUUCUUCCACCUUAUUGUCGUCGACAUUUGCUUAAGCGUGUGCAGUAUCUGGAGUAAUUUUUUACGCGGCAUACGUGAAAUAUGCAUAAGAAGAGUGCAGCGGCCAUAGUACAACAGCAACAUCGAAGAUGACACACUUUCUCAAUGGAUUAUAAUUUCUGUAGAAAAAAAGAGUCUUUAGAAAAUUCUUUCGUACUAAUGCAUCAGCCCUAACUUUUUUACCGACGUGUAAAGAGGGUAUUUAGGUGUUUUCAAAGUUGUUUUUGUGUUCCUUUGGUUUUCGGAGACUGAGGUGCUAUAGAUUUUCUCUUGUGCGGGAACAUAGAAAAGUGGAAAUUUCGGUGAAAUCGGUUUAGUGGUGAUCCGGAGGAUAUACAUAUAUUUACCAGCGAAGUAAAAAGAGUUCAAAAUGUGGAAAGUGAUGGAAGUAUAUUUCAUAGCUUUAAGCGUUCUAUGCUUAGCAGGAUAUAUUCAAUCAAUUGAAUCAGCAUGUAGCUUUCCCGGAUCUCCCGCGCACAGUUCAGUAGCGUUUUCUGAUGAGAGUUUAGCAAGUGGAACGGUUGCAUCGUACACGUGUGAACGUGGCUUUGAAUUAUUAGGUCCCUCACGCAGAGUUUGCGAUAAUGGCGCAUGGGUACCAGAAGGAAUACCAUUUUGUGUGCUCAAUGUAGCGGCCGGAAAAGCGCCCAUGCAAAUUUCCACGGAAGGUAGCGGCAUUCCGCAGAAAGCUAUCGAUGGUUCAACUUCGGCAUUUUAUAGUGCCGAAACUUGUUCAUUAACAAAAUCAGAACGACUGCCAUGGUGGUACGUUAACCUUUUGGAGCCGUAUAUGGUGCAACUUGUACGAUUGGAUUUCGGUAAAUCAUGUUGCGGGAGCAACAAACCAGCCACAAUCGUAGUACGUGUUGGAAACAACCGUCCAGAUCUUGGUACAAAUCCAAUCUGCAAUCGAUUCACUGGUCUCCUGGAAGAAGGUCAACCCCUCUUCCUUCCAUGCAAUCCACCCAUGCCUGGUGCAUUCGUAUCAGUCCAUCUAGAAGUCAACAAUCCCAACCAGCUUUCUAUUUGUGAAGCCUUCGUAUACACUGAUCAAGCUCUUCCCAUUGAAAGAUGUCCAUCAUUCCGGGAUCAACCACCAGGCGCUUUGGCUUCCUACAACGGAAAAUGUUACAUCUUCUACAAUAGACAACCAUUGAACUUCCGCGAUGCUUUGUCCUUCUGCAGAUCAAGAGGUGGCACUUUAAUCAACGAAAGCAAUCCAGCCUUGCAAGGAUUCAUUAGUUGGGAAUUGUGGAGAAGACACAGAAGUGAUGCUUCAUCGCAAUAUUGGAUGGGUGCUGUACGGGAUUCUCAAGAUAGGAGUACAUGGAAGUGGAUUGGCGGAGAAGAAGUUACUGUGUCGUUCUGGAAUCACCCAGGUGGUAAUGAUGAUUGUGCACGAUAUGAUGGAUCAAAGGGAUGGCUUUGGAGUGAUACCAAUUGUAAUACACCAUUGAAUUUCAUCUGCCAACAUCAACCAAAAACAUGCGGUCGACCUGAACAACCACCAAACUCAACAAUGUCCACUACAUUAGGAUUCGAUGUCGGAGCUACAGUAGAAUAUACUUGUGACGAUGGACAUUUACUAGUAGGACCAACUUCAAGAACAUGCUUGAACACUGGAUUCUAUAAUGAAUUCCCACCAGUUUGUAAAUAUAUUGAAUGUGGUCUCCCAGCUUCAAUUCCUCAUGGAUCAUAUAAAUUAGUCAACGGUUCGGUAGGAUAUUUAAGCACAGUAAUCUAUUCGUGUCAUGAAGGAUAUGAAAUGGUCGGUCGAGCUAUGCUGUCAUGUGAUAUUGAUGAAAGAUGGAACGGUCCACCACCACGUUGUGAAGUUAUUGAAUGUGAUACAUUGCCUGGAAACUUCUACAACACAAUCAUCAGUGCACCAAACGGUACUCUAUUUGGAUCACAAGCUGAAAUCUCCUGUCCCCCAGGCUACAGGCUGGAAGGAGCUCGUAUUUUGACUUGUCUUUCAACUGGACAAUGGAGCAAUCCAUUGCCAAGAUGCAUCAAACUUGAAGUUUCUUCGACGUUUAUUCCACCAACCUCUCCUCGUCCAACAACUACCACAACAACAAAACGUCCAUUCAAACCAACUGUUUCAUCAACACCAUUCAUACCAAGCUCAACACCAGUUGUGGAAAUUAACGGUGAAUCUGACAGUGAUGAAAACUCCAGCACUUACGUUGUACCUGGAACAGUUCGCGAGGAGUUCCCACCAAAACGGACAAUUCGUCCAGUGAUAAUUCCAAAGAAUAACCACGGCAGCAGUUCAACACCGCCAACUCUGAAGGUUCGCCCACUACCACCCAAGACUUAUGAGACGACAACGCGUAAUGCUCAGAAUAUCAUUUUGAGCGCUCAUCCACAGGACAAUGAAAUUGCUGGAAGCGUGAAUAUCCGACAUAAUCAACAACCAAAUGUUAACGUUCCAUACUCCGUUGAUAAUGUCGAACAGCAACAUGCCAAAUUGAAUUUGGGAGCCAUUGUUGCAUUGGGAGCUUUCGGUGGUUUCGUCUUCCUGGCUGCAGUGAUCACAACAAUUGUCAUUCUUGUGCGAAGAAGUCGAACCGCACAGCACUACCGACAUAGAGCGUCUCCUGAUUGCAAUACAGUAGCUUCCUUCGAUAGUUCAACUUCAGGAUCCCGCAACGGGCUAAACAGAUAUUAUCGUCAAGCGUGGGAAAAUUUGCAUGAAUCAGCAUCAAAAGGUAGUGGACAUAAUGCACUCAGACGGAAAGAAACUCUCGAUCCACCAAACCUAAGUCGAUCCAGAGACAACUUGCAUAGAUCCAGGGAUAAUUUAGAUAGGAAAUCUUACGAUCAAUCAAACCGAAAACGAUGUAAUCGGGAAAGAACUUCGUCUCCUUCUUGGUUUACUAUUAAAAAAAGAGAAUAUAGUCGCGAUAGCUUAGGUCUAAGGGACGGUUCUGAAAUGGUUGUUUCCGAUGCCUGUGUAAAAGGCGAAAAGAAGCGUCACCAUCAUCACCACCAUAAAAGCAGUCAUCGGGGUGAAUUCCGGGACCAGUCCGUAAUGGGAAAUUCGAGGAGAGAACACCGACACAGUGGAGCACAUUAUUGACCCACCAUGGUUAUAACAAUCAAUUUGGAUCAAUAGUGUUAUGUUUUUAUUUUUUCAUUAUAAUCAAUGAAUUUUACUUAAUAUUUAUUGUGAAUUUCUGCAAUAAUAUAUCAUGAUAUAUUCUUAUACAAAUAAUUAUAUUGGAAAUUGUCAGCUUUAAAGAAUGCAAUUUUUAAAAUGCUAUUAUAAAAAUAAUGGAAAGUUUAACUAAGAUAGUUUAAAAUAUAAUUUGGCCAUUCGAAAGUCAUUCGUGUGAGAAUAUUACAAAAAAAAAAUACUGGAAAAUAUAAAACGUACAAACUUUUCAUUCAUAGUAAAACGAAGUUAGACAACAAAAUUGAAACUAUAAAUACAAAUGUCGAACCCAAAUCUCCUUUAUAUGUUGCUUCCAACGUAACUAGUCUAUGAAUAUCUUGGCAGGAUUUAAUCAAAUGUGUGCAAAAUAUCAAAUAAUAUUAAAUUGGGCCGACUUAUUCAUAAACCGCAUCCCAUUUCGCAUUAUGGAGCACGCAAGCGAAUAUGGGCUCGUAUAUUCCCAUGGGGUCCCAAUUAUCAUAUUCUACAUUUAAAGGUCUCACUAAAUAUUCCAUUUUAACUCAUUAAACUACAAAACAAAAUAAAUUUAUGAAAUUUCGUCAAAUCCUAUUGAAUACAUUACAAAAUCACCAUUCAAUCGUGUUAUGGAUAUCUUGAAAAUGUGCCAUUUUCGGCAUCAUUUUAGAUCAUGCUUUCAGUAACAUUAAAAGAAUAAAACAUAAUUAGUUCGUAAUAUUUAAGUGCACAAAGCGAAUUUGUUAUGUUAUUCAUGAAAUUUCAUUUUACAUUUUACUUUUCUCUCUUGUACGAUUUAAUGACUACGUCUUGAUAAUAUUAUUGUUAUUGAUGAAAUGAAAUAUGGAAUUUUCUUUUCACGGACAUUUUAUAUAAUAGAAUUAUAUAAUAUAAAGGAUGAUAAAUUCUACUGUAUUGAUGUUUUAGAUAAGCUUAACUGAUAUCAUCGAGAUAUGCAUGAAGUUAUUCUUAGAUAAAUAUGUAUACUGUAUUGUAGAAGAAAUGCAAAUUGUAAAUAAAUUAUUGUUUAAAUGUAA